GAAGAUAACGAAAUGUCAUUGUUUGAACAGAAAGUACAACUUUAGAUUGAUAAUAAUGUAAAACUGUAAUUAUAGUAUCUACAAUGGAAAUAAAACAAGAACCAGAAGAUUUUUUUAUUAAUAAACAAAAAUUUGAUUUCGACCAUUCUGGUAAUUCGAAUCUAAUUGUUGAUACAAACAAUAUUCAAGUAUGUAACAUAAAAACUGAGCCAGUAGAUACAAUCAAGCAAGAAAACGACUCUUAUUAUCUAAGACAAAUAUGUGAUAAUAUUAAAGAUGAAAUAAACGAGAUGAUUGAUGACGAAGAUGUAAAACGUCACUUGAUUAAAAUAAAUGAUUCCAAGAAAUUGAGUUUAGGAAGAUCCUUUCAUCGGAACUAUUUCAAACACAGUAAAUUGCCUGGAAGUAUUUUCAUCUGUAAGUUAUGUGGAAACUUGUAUGUUAGAGAUUAUCAACUCCACCAUCAUAAAUUUACACAUUUCGUUAAGAAAUCUCGUCGAAACGCAAUUCAAAAAAGAAAUUUAGUAAACAAAUCAUGUCAAACAAUAAAUAUUCUUCAGAUGAAGGCUGCAAUUAAAAAUAAACUGCAAGAUUCCUUUAAUCAAAUCAAAUCACAUGCGGCGAAAUCAAGAAGUGAAAGUAGUUCAAUUAGAAAACCUCGUAUUCAUUUGCCGUUUUCUGAUUUAGCUCAAAAAAAGCGUGAAAGUCGCAUUUAUCCGAUAACAUUUAAAUGUGACAUGUGCUCAACAACUUUCUCGCAGAAACGUUCCUUGAGUAGACAUUUGCUCUGUCAUAUGGGAGUCAAGCCAUUUAAGUGUGACGUUUGUUUAAAAAAUUUUUCGCGAAAAUAUCAUUUGGAUAGACACAAACUGAGUCAUACAGGGGAAAAGCCUUUCGGAUGUGAUAUUUGUUCGAAAUCGUUCGCGUUUAAGGAACGCAUGGUUGUUCAUAAGCGUAUUCACACUCGAGAAAAUAUUGUUCAAUGUGAUAUAUGUUCCAAGUUUUUAGUCAAAGAUAGUUUAGUUAGACACAUGGGUAUUCACACUGGGAAAAAACCAUUCAAAUGUAAUGCUUGUUCGAAAUCUUUCUUGUGGAAAAAUAAUUUAGUUGCGCAUCUACGCAGUCACAAAGGGGAGAAGCCGUACAAAUGUCAUAUUUGUACAAAAUCUUACACACAGCAAUGGAAUUUGACUGUACAUAUGCGCAGUCACACUGGAGAGAAACCCUUCAAAUGCGAUAUCUGUUCUAAACCGUUCAAAGAAAAAAAAAAUAUGGUUAACCAUAAGCGAAUCCAUAUUGGCAAGAAAACUAUUCGAAUGCAGUAUUUUUCUUAUAGUUCCAAAUACAUUCAACUAAACACAUUUAUCUCAAAAUACACUAAAACGGUAUUUACAUUCUUUGUAAUGAAUGUGAAACAAGAGCUAGAAGAUGCUUCCAUUAAAAAAGAAAAAUUUGAUAUCGAAGAACAUGAUAUCAAACAGGAAAACGAUGAUUUUAACAUUAAAAUGAAUGAGAUGAUUUAUGACGAUGACCUAGAGAGUAAAUUAGAGACAGGCCAAAAAAUAUAUGAGAUGCAUUCAGAUGAAACUUACUCUGGUGAUAAUUUUAAUGUUGGUUCGAAUAUAUGCCCAGUUAAUGAUCAGGCAAGAUUAAUAUUGAAAAAGAAUCAAACAACUUUCUCUGAUGCUCAAAUUGACUGUUCAAAGAAAGGAACUUUAUCUCAACAGAAGCAUAUGAAGCUUGAAGGUAUUUUCAUUUGUAAGUUUUGUGGAAACUUGUGUGUUAGAAAAUUUCACCUCUACCAUCAUCAUUUUACACAACAUCUUGUCAAGAAACCGCUUCGUAACAUAAUUCAGAAACAAAAGUUCAGAUUAAAACAAAAUGCAGUAAACGAAUCUGUUCAAACAAUGAGUAUAUUAAAGAUGAAGGGUGCCAAUAAAAGUAAAUUAUGUAUGGAUCAGUUGCGAGAGUCGUUUAAUCAAAUCAAAUCACGUGCAACCAAAUCCACUAGUGAAAGUAGUUCAAUUAGAAAGUCUCGUAUUCAUAACGGAGAAAACAUCAAAUGUGACAUUUGUUUAAAAACUUUCUCACACAAAUCUAGUUUGAAUGUACAUUUGCAAAGUCAUACUGGAAAAAACCCAUUCAAAUGCGACAUUUGUUUAAAAACUUUCUCAUGCAAAUCUAAAUUGGAUAUACAUUUGCUAAUUCACACUGGGGAAAAACCAUUCAAAUGCGACAUAUGUUUGAAAAGUUUCUCACAUAAAUCUAGUUUGAAUAUACAUUUGCUAAGUCACACUGGAGUAAAACCAUUCAAAUGCGACAUUUGUCCAAAAACUUUUUUAUAUAAAAAUAGUUUAACCACACAUUUGCGUUAUCAUACAGGGGAGAAACCAUUUAAAUGUGACAUUUGCUUAAAACAAUUUUCAGAAAAAGUAUCUUUAAAAGUACAUUUGCGUAGUCACACUGGGGAAAAACCUUUCAAAUGUGAAUUUUGUUUGAAAACUUUCUCACACAAAUCUAAUUUGAAUAGACAUUUGCCGAGUCACACAGGAGAAAAACCAUUCAAAUGUGAUGUUUGUCCAAAAACUUUUUCACAAAAAAAUAGUUUAACCACACAUUUGCGUUACCAUACAGGGGAAAAACCAUUUAAAUGUGACAUUUGUUCAACACAAUUCUCAGGAAAAGUAUCUUUAACAAUACAUAUCCGUAGUCAUAGUGGGGAAAAACCUUUCAAAUGCGACAUUUGUUUAAAAACUUUCCCCAAGAAAUAUAAUUUGAAAAGACAUUUGCUAAGUCACACUGGAGAAAAAUCAUUCAACUGUGAUAUUUGUUCAAAAACUUUUUCACAAAAAAAGAGUUUAACUACCCAUUUGCGUUAUCAUACAGGGGAAAAGCCAUUUAAAUGUCACAUUUGUUCAAAACAGUUUUCAGAAAAAGUAUGUUUAACAAGGCAUGUUCAUAGUCACACUGGAAAAAACCCAUUUGAAUGCGACAUUUGUUUAAAAACUUUCUCAUGCAAAUCUAAAUUGAAUGUACAUUUACUAAUUCACACUGGAGAAAAACCAUUUAAAUGCGACAUUUGUUCAAAAACUUUCUCACAAAAAAAUAAUUUAACAACACAUAAGCGAUAUCAUACAGGGGAGAAGCCAUUUAAAUGUGACAUUUGUUUAAAAACUUUCUCACAUAAAUCUAGUUUAAGUGUACAUUCUUUAAUUCACACUGAAAAAACCCAUUCAAAUGCGACAUUUGCUUAAAAACAUUCUCAAAAAAAUAGCAUUUGCUUAGACAUUUGCCUAGUCUCACUAGAGAAAAGCCUUUCAAAUAUGAUGUUUGUAUCUAGAUAUUGUUCGGUUGUUCGUAAAUGUUUUCAUACUGGUGAACAUAUUGUUGAGUGAUGAGUGAAUUAUAUAAAUUAGUUGAGUGUAGUGAAAGGUUUUUGAAUAAAUUAAGAACAUAAGAGA